UACGUCACUUGUUUGCCACUAUAAUCCACACAACAAGAACAUCUACAUGGUACUACGCAUGAUCUGCUAAGCAUGCACAUGACGAUUGCCAUGAUGACAAUGAUGUUGUGGAUUAGGGUUUCAGUUUUGAUGACAGUUGAUGCUGCUUUUGUCCAUAAUCAUCAGAUGCAAGCUUUCCAUGAGUUAGGUUAUGACCAACAUGUUCUUUCUCCUGUGAUUUCAAGAAAGUUGAUGAUCCAAGAAAUGGUUGAAGGGAAUGGAGAUCAAGAUUUGCUGUUUGACAAUGACCAAAAGGAAGCUCCAUUAGAUGGAUCACAAAAGAGGAAAGAAGAAACUACAGAAAAUGGAGCAAAUGGAUUUGACCCGACCGGUUUCACUACCAUGGAUUAUUCUCACGUAAGAAGACGACGCCCAAUUCAUAACAAUUCUUCCCCCAAACCCACCAACUCACCAUAAUAUGCAAUCUUUUUAUGUUUUAUGUUAAUUUUUUUAUUUUUAUUUUUAAUAACCUUUUUACUAAUAUAAUUUGUAUUUUCUACGGUAGCAUAA